UUCACCCCGUUCCGUACCAACAGUCCCCUUCAGCUGCGGGCCGUUUACCCGCUUAGGUUCUGGCUCGGACGUGUUACCCGCUGAGCCCCCGGUACCCGCUAACGGUUCGGUUCGGUCCCUUUAACAGAACCGGAGCCAAACCGCCCAGAAGCUAACGGCUAGCUACCGCAGAUGGAGGAGUUUCUGCGGGCCUGCCGGCGGACCUUGCAGGAAGACGUGGGUCCGGCCGGUCCUGGUGUCCAUGUGGUUUUAGGGAACGAAGCCUGUGAUGUGGACUCUAUGGUGUCGGCCCUCGCCUUCGCCUACUUCCUGUUCAGGACCGCAGGUGGCGACCCGCCGGUUCUGCCCCUGCUCAACAUCCGACAGUCGGAACUGGUGCUGCGAUCAGACAACCUGUUCCUGCUGCGGCGGACGGGUCUGUCUCCAGACCUGCUGCUGUUCAGGGACCAGCUGGACCUCAGAGCUCUGCACACAGCAGGCCGCCUCCGGCUGACCCUGGUGGACCACAACGUCCUGCCGAGUUCAGACGCUGACCUGGAGGGGGCAGUGGUGGAGGUACUCGACCAUCAUCAGCUUGAGAGAAAAGCUUCCCCCAGCUGCCCGGUUACCGUGGAGAUGGUGGGAUCCUGUGCCACCUUGGUAACCGAACGCAUCAUCCAGAAAGCUCCACAGAUCCUGGACCAGCAGCUCGCCCAGCUGCUCUACGCAGCGAUGGUGCUGGACUGCGUCAACAUGGCUCCUGCUGCAGGUAAAGUGACGCCUAAAGACAGUCAGUAUGCUGCUGCGCUGGAGACACGGUUCCCUGCUCUGCCACCGAGGGGCGCUCUGUUCCAGGAGCUGCAGGAGGCAAAGUUUGACGUCUCAGGUGAGUUCAUGAGUUUCUGUGCCAGCGUAAGCAAGUUCCUUGAACAGGCCCGCACCCCGGACCUGGACCUCCAUCCAGUCAGCUCCUCCCACCCUCACAUCUCAGCCUAUCACCAAGGGAACAAGCUGGCUUCCAGGAAGAAGCUCCUCCCCAUCGUGAAGAACUUCCUGAGGGAGUGCGAUGGAGACUGUUGCCUUGGAGACGCCGAGGAGGAGUCUGUGGUCCCCCCCACCCCCAUGAACAGUCUGGUUGAGGGCUGUCCUCUUGAUGAAGGCCUGCCGAAGAUCACUGCUGAAGACCUGCAGGACAAAUUCCGCCAAAUGGACUCCGCUGACCUCUGACCUUCUUUCUGUCAGUUUCAGGGCAUCCCUGGUCUCCUCCCAGCAUCUCUGUUGCCGCAGCAGCGUCUAAGGACGGCGAUGGAGGGGCAGAACAUCGGUACUUCUGACAAUAAACCUUUUCAAUCCCAGAGAUCCAGGUGGAAUAAAGCUGGUGCUACAGAACCAGACCAACAGAACUGGGCUUUUCUCAGUGAAAUACGGUGUUACAGCAGAUUCUCAACAGAGCCAGCGUUAAAGGAGCCCAACUGGAUCGUCCCGCAGUCAGUUCAGGAUGCGUUUUCUAAUUUAGAUCAAAAGGACAAUCUAAGCAACCAAAGAGUAGCUGAGGUACGUUCUGUUGGAAACCGUUAAAACUAAAGGCUUGAUUUCACCUUUUUUUAUAACCUUUGUGUUGUUUAGAGAGUUUCCACUCGUUUGUGAGAUCCCACCAAGAAAGAUAAGAAAACAGUAUUAUUGAAUAUGCUCAAGCGAUCAAACCUCAACACACCAAUCACCUCUGCUUACGUUAACAAUUGCAUGUCAGUUUUAUCCUCAAUAAACUGCAAACGUAAAAGUCUGUCUGAACAGU